AUGUCAGGAGCUCAAGCCGCAAUCCCACCCCAACCGCGCGCAAAGCAGCUGCGCGCAUGUUUGCUCUGUUCCAUCAUCCAGACUCCGGCCGACUUCAGGAAGCACGGGUGUCCAAAUUGCGAGGAGCUCAUGCAGAUGAAGGGAUACACAGAUCGCAUCCAAGCUUGCACCACGACGCAUUUCGACGGUGUGAUUGGCGUUAUUGACCCGGAGCAGAGCUGGGUGGCGCGCUGGCAGCGGACAUCAAAAUACGUCCGCGGGAUGUACGCCGUGCGCGUCAAGGGUCGUAUACCUGACGAUGUGGAGGCCGAAUUGGAGAGCCGGGGCAUCAAGUAUCGUCCUAGAGACCAGUCAGAGCAGGACUGA